UGUAUGUGAUAUUUUGCCAAUAGUAUAAUUAGAUUUAUAAUGUAAUAUUGAUUUUUUUUUUGUGUAUGGGAAGUCAGUGAAACCAAACAGUAUAUUUUCAAAACAAAGGGACAAAUUAGGUUCAAUUGAAAAAAAAAGGAAGUUACAAAUAUCUUUCCAGAACUUAGACGAAAAAGGGCAAGACCAAAAUAAAUGAAGAAUACUUUCAGGGUGCCCUUCACAAAAAAAAGCAAUUCAAAUCUAAAUCUUUUUUAAAACGUUGAAGAAAAAUUUUAGUGGGGUAGAUUCUGUGAAUUAUUUUAAAAGAAAUUUCUUUGAUCUUAUUGUUGACUAUAUAUUUUGCUGGCAAAUUCCAAAUCUUCUCCCAAUUAAGGUUAUCAAUAAAAUUAUUCCAAUAAGCAAUGACGUAGGGGGUUGAUACAACUUCUUUCUGAAACAGUGAACGUAUUUUUCGGUUAUUGUUGUUCCGGCGCGUCAUCACUAUUACUUCCGGGGCAGAGGUGACCGCGCAAGUUAAACGUUAGCCAAGCUGCUCGGUGAUUUUUGACAAAUGAUGCGACUUUUAAGUACUUUGUGUUAAUAUUAAACGCGUCACUUCUCUACAGUUUGGUAAAUAUUCCUACAAAGGUCCACUCGUCGCUAGUCUUACUUCUGUUGGACUAACGUUAGCUUAACCAGCUAACCUAGUUACCGUUGUGUUGUCAAUGGUAACCUAGCAGCAGCAGAAGCGUCACAACAUGGAGACCUCGAGGCUGUUUAUUGUUAUUUUAUCUCACCUGUAGCCUUUAUUUUCUACCUGGUUCAAUUUAACGUGUCAUCCUGAGCGUAUCUUAAUAACAGGCAUUCAGGUUAACACGUUUAACUUAUAAAUCACAGCGUCUAGCUAAGCUAAUUCAUCAACACAAGUGGAGCUGCUUGAGUUUGUUAAGUCUCGUUAACUUAGCGUGACGUCACCCAAACCUCAUGGCAUGCGCAGUUAACUAAACUAAAUGUAGUGUGACUUAGUUAAGUUAAAAUGUGAGGCUUAUUUUGAGGAGUACAGCAAUGUUUAGCCACAGCUUCCUAACUCCAGUGAGCAAGCUAACCAGCUAACAGUGACACUGUGCAGCCAGUUUUCACCUUUAACUGCUCACUUCCUGGUUAAAUAUUCACAAACACACCAUGGCCAAGAUGCGUGCUGCUGCCUUUGAGUGGGAUAAAGUGGCAAGAAUUGACCCAGAGAGCCUCCUAGAAUGGGAAAAAGACCAAGUGGACGAGGUCUUCGGCAUGUUCCUUUUGACAGAAGAAUGGGAGGUGAACGGUAAAGCUCCGGAGAAAAUUAUUCAAGUCCUCAGAGUGUUUCAGGCCCUAUUAAAGAUAAAGGAUCAUGAAGUUGCUAUUGCUGACAAGUUUGUGGAGGACAUUGGCGUUAAGCAUGCUAAAACCGAAAAUGAACUCCUCGCCAAGGUGUCGAGGCUGGAACAAGCGCACAUGCACUCUGGCACGGGGCCUGACAGCCGCUUUCUGAGAGAUGAGAUCCGGCAGCUCGAGACGCAGCUGGAGCUGAGGGAGAAGGAGUUGAACCAUUUACAGACCGAAAUGGGCAAAGAGAAGAAAUCCAACGAGGAGUUGGUCACACGAGCGGAUGCGGCUGAGGAAGAGGUCAAGAAGCUGAAAAGAGAGAUAAAAAAGAUUAAGACGAAGAACGAGCAGCUCCAGCAGGAUGUGGACUAUUUUCGUGCGGAGCUGGAUAAGAAGGAGCCGGGCCCGAACAGAGACGAGGCCGCUGAGACCCAGAGGAAGCUCAACCUGGCCAACCGGCAGCUCUACCAGUGCCUGGAAGACCUUCAGCGUGUGGAGGAUGAAAACGCACACCUGAAGACGCAGAACGAGCAGAUGCAGAAAGGCCUGGAGGAGUCGGUGAGGGAGAUGGAGAAGAUGACGGACGAGUACAACAAGAUGAAGAUCGUGGUGCAGCAGACUGACUCCGUGGUGGACCAGCUCCGCAGAGAGAGGGAUCACGCUAAGCUGCAAGUCAGAGAGCUAACGGAUAAAAUGCAUAGCAUGACUGAAGACGACGAUCCAAUUAUGGCAGCGGUCAACGCCAAAGUGGAGGAGUGGAAGAGAGUGCUCUCUGGGAAGGACGAGGAGAUUCUGGUGUACCAGCAGAUGAUCCGUGAUUUGAGGGAAAAGCUGCGUUCAGCCCAGCUGGACUUGGACAAAAGCAACAUCAUCGCCCUGCAGCAGGUCAUAUUUGAUCUUUGCGCUGCCGUCCAAGAGAGAGAUAAUCAGAUCAAGAUCCUGAGCGAGCAAGUGGAGCAGUACACCGGGGAGAUGGAGAAGCACACCCGGCUCAUCGAGGAGCUAAAGACGUCCACCAAGAAAGACAAAGGCCUACCAUCGACCAUGCAGCAGAGAAAGAUGGAGGAUCUGAAGUCCAGACUGGAAGCUGCAGAGACGACAGCAGUGGAAGCGGCGCAGGCAGUAAAACUGGCAGAAGCUCACGCUGAAGAAAAAGACAAAGCGCUCAUUGAGGCUUCAAACCGCUUGAGCCAGUACGAGGCCGGCACUUAUGGCCUGGAAGCAGCCAUCGCCGAGAUCAAAGAGUGUAAAAAUCAGAUUAAAAUGAGAGAUCUUGAGACGGAGGCCAUGACCAAAGAGAUCAACCAGCUCGAGAUGAGAAUCAAUGACCUAAUGGACGAAAACGAGGAUUUCCGAGAAAAACUCGGUCUGGAACCAAAGCAGGAAGUGGAUCUGACAGAGUUCAGACGAGCCAAAGAUCUCAGACAACGGCAGUACAAAGCAGAAAACCAAGUCCUCACCAAAGAGAUUGAACGUCUUGAAGAAGAAAGACUGGAGCUGAAGAAACAAAUCAGACGCCUGGUGAAGGAACGAGGGAUCCCAACGUCCAGCCUGCUGCUGGAGGAAGACGCCGGGCCCAGCAGAUUUGAUCAGAUGCUGUUCAAAAAAAGCACCACUCACGCAGAUGAAGAGCUCCGCCGCAAAAAUGAGUACCUGGAAAAACAACUGAGCAACAAGGAGAGAGAGCUGGAGCUUCACAAGGCACAGUUUCACAUUAAAUUGGAUGAACUGUCAAAAGUGAAAAGUGACCUGGAAGGAGCGCUGAAAGAUGUCCUCCAGGCCAUGAGGACGUAUGAGGAGCCCACACCAUCCGAUGCUGCAAUCAACAUCCCCAGGCUGGAAAGGUUGGCCAAAGCGAUGGAUGUCGGCAACAUGAGCGGGCAGUCUGACUCGGCCCAACACCUCAAGUCCCAAAUCCAUCAGCUGGUCGGGAGGAACGAAGAGCUGAGGCAGGAACUGAAGUCGGCUCGGGAGGAAGCAACCAUCAGCUUCAGUCAGCUCGCCAGAGCCAAAGAAAAGGUGAGCCAGCUGGAAGGUGAACUGGAGCUGGUGAGGAAAUCAGGCAGCAGCGGACUUGUCCUCCGACCUUUGACCCUCCCCGAGGGCCUGGGGCCCAGCAGCACCGAGGUCAUCAGUUCCCUGAAUGAGUACGCUGUUCGUCUUCUGCAGGAGCUGAAAAACAAGGAGGAAAACAGCAAGAAACUCACGGGAACGCUGCAGGAAUACAAAGAGAAGUUCUCGGUUAUUAGUCAUCAGCAGGGACUUCUCUACAAAGAAUACCUGAGUGAGAAGGCGGACUGGCAGAAGGAGAAAGAGACGUUCACGGAGACGAAGAACAAGCUGGAGGAGCAGAAGCAGGUGGACGCCGUUAAACUCCAAGAAUUCAACGAGCUGUUGGACAGCCUUCAGAAUCACCCGGAGGAGAUCAGGAGACAGUUGAGCGAAUCGGUGCGUAAGGUGACGGUGCUGAAAGUGAACGAGAAGAAACUGACGCGGCGCUACACCACCCUGCUGGAGGAGGAGCAGCACCUGCGCAAGGAGAACGGCAAGCUGAGGGAGGAGAGCAGCCUCAUGCAGGCCUCCGUCACACAGAGGAUCGGAUACCUGCAGAGAUACAAGGAAAUGGCUGCAUAUAAGAUCGCGGCUCUGCAGAAGGCCUUGGAUGACAGCGUGGCCUCAUCGGAGCUGGAGAGGGCGAACAAACAGUACACGGAGCUGACGGUCAAAUACAGAGACAUGCUGCAGCGGGACAGCAGCCUGAUACAGAGAACCACCAACCUCGAACAUUUACAGAGUGAGAACGAGUCUCUUCGGGAGCAGAUUUCAGCCGUGAAUAAAGAACUGGAGAUCACAAAGGAGAAACUGAAUACUUUAGAGCAAGCCUGGGACAACAGCGAUGGGAAUGGCGGUGAGAACAGCAUGGGUAAGGCAGGCAAGGCUCUGGCCAACAAAGAGAUGGUGUCUGCCGCCAGACGCAUCACCACUCUGGAGAUGAAGGAGCUGAACGAGAGGCAGCGAGCCGAGCACGCCCACAAGAUGUACGAACACGUGAGGAACUCUCUCAAGCAAGUGGAGGAACGUAACGUAGAGCUGGAGGCCAAGUUCGCAGAGCUGACCAAGAUGAAUGCGGAGGCCCAGCGGGUGGAGCGCGAGCUGAGAGACGAGCUGGCCGACAGCAUCAGUAAAGCGGCGAGCGACGCCGACAGAUCGAGGAUCUCUGAGCUGGAGAAGGCCGAGGCCGAGCUCCGCCUCGAGGUUUCUAAGCUUCAGGAGGUGUCUGAUGUGGCGAUGAUGCAGGCGUCGGCUCUGCAGGCCAGACAGCAGAACAGAGAGAAGGAAGUAGAAGCUUUGAGGAGACAAAUCCUGGACUACCAGUCCCAGUCGGAUGAGAAGGCCCUCGUGGCGAAGCUUCACCAGCACAUCGUGGCUCUGCAGCUCAGCGAGUCGGCUUCUUUGUCCAAGCUGGAGGCGGCCUCCUCCCACAUCCAGCAGCUGGAGGCCUUCAAGCUGCGCGCCGAGCAGCGACUGGACGCCAGCGAGCACACUCUGUUCCUCGCCCGCCAGGAGGGCAGGAACCGCUCUAAGCAUCUGCGGCAGACCAUCCAGGCGCUGCGGAGGCAGUUUGCGGGAGCGCUGCCUCUUCCCCAGCAGGAGAAGUUCUCCGUGGCCAUGCUGAGCCUCCAGGAGAACAGAGCCAGAGCCCAGGAGGAGAAGAAGAAGGCGGAGGAGGAGAGGAGGAGGGCGGAGGGCCGGGCAGAGGAGCUGGAGCUGAGACUACGAGGACUGGAGGAGCUCAUCUCCACACUGAAGGAUGUGAAAGGGGCCCAGAAGGUGACUGAGUGGCACAAGAAGAUGGAGGAAGCUCGUCUGCAGGAGCUGAGGAAAGGCAGGGAGCUGGUGGUCCAGAAGGAGGAGAUCAGGUAUCUGAAGAAGCUGGUGGAGGAGCAGGAGAGAACCAUCUGCUCGCUGGAAGAGGAUAUCGUGCAGCAGAACACGCUUCGAGAAGAACGCCAGCUGGCGUACGAUCAGCGAGAGGUGGAGCUGGAGCGCCAGCUGGACCAGUACGAGAAGCACCAGACUGAACUUCUGAGCAGCUCUGAAAAGUAUGAAGACGGUGCAGGAGCCUUACCAGACCCCAGUCUGCCUCUCGCCCAUCAGCUGGAGUUCGCUUUGGGUAAAAUCAGAGAACAUGUCCGCACCAUCCUGGACACACAGGCCACCUGCAAGAGUCUGGAUGAGAAGUUAAAGGAGAAAGAAGCGGCUCUGUGGAAGGCAGAGCAGAACGUGGUGUCGCGGGACAAAGUGAUCAACGAGCUGCGUCUUCGUCUCCCGGCUGCUGCCAGCAGAGAGCGGCUGCUGGCUGACCUCGCCAAGCACGAAGACGGACACGCCAACAACCAGCCGGCGCUCAAACUGGCUCACCAAACCAUCAAAGACCUCCAGGGUCGGCUGGACAAGAAGGAGGACCUGCUGAAGAAAUACCACAAGCAGCUGGCUCAAGCCAGACAGGACCAGGAGGAGAUGAUAAAGAGACACCAGGCGGAGCUGAGAUUGCUGCAUCAGAAGUUGGACUCGCACUCUGACACCAACCUGGACCGCUUCAAACAGACGGCGAUGGAGCUGAUGAGGAAGCCGGCCAUCCGGGUGCCGACCACCAAGCACCUGGAGCGUCUGGCCGAGCUGGAGCACACCGUGGCCGAGCAGGACCUCCUGAUCUCCUCCGUCACGGAGAAGCUGAAGCUGGCCACCAGCGAGCUGGAGCGGCAGAAGACCACCGUGGAAACGCUGGCCAAGAAACACGCCGACGAGCUGUCAAAGCUGGAGGAGUAUCAUGCGGCCCAGGUGAAAGCUCUGAGUGGCGAGACGGAGGAUCAGACGAGCCAGAUGGCCCAGAUGGAGAAGGAGAUGAACUACCUCCGCACUGAGCUGGCAGCCCAGAAGGAGGCCAACGUCCGCUCGCCCAGCAACACCAUGAAGAACCUGGUGGAGAGGCUGAAAGCUCAGCUCAGCCAGAAAGAGAAACAGCUCAAGGCUCUCAGUAAAGCUCUGCUGGAGCUGCGUGCAGAGAUGACGUCUGCCGCUGAGCAGCAGGUCAUCGCCAGCGCCGCGCAGAAAGAGGAGCAUCUCAAUGUACAGAUGCUAGUGGACAGACACACCAAAGAGCUAAAGGUGCGAGUGCAAGAACUGAAUGAAGAACUUCAAGCUGCGAAGGACUCUUCCAAAGCAGCCCGCGGCCGCGAGAACAGCCUGAAAGAGGAGGUGGACGGGCUGAACCAGGAGCUGCAGAGGAGUCAGAAAACCCAGAGACGCCUGCAGGCGGAGAAGGAGGAGAGGGAGCAGGAAAUCCACGAGCUCAAGCAGCAAAUAAAAAGGCUCAGCAGCGCCCUUCAGACCGAAGCAGAACCAGAUGGGAAGGGGCCAAGCGUGGAGAGUCUGCAGAAGAAGAUCAGGAGGCUGGAGGCCGACUUAGAGAAGAGAGCAGAAAUGAAAAAUGUGAAGGAUGAUCUCGGAAAGACCAAAGGAGAAGUCGUGCGCUGGGAGGAGGGAAAGAAAUGGCAGGCCAAGAUGGAAAAGGUGAAGAAUUCACUGAAGGAGAAGGAACGAGAAAAUGAAUCCCUGUCCAAACAGCUCAGCACUCUUAAAGAGCUGUACGCCAGACUGGAGCAGGAGAAGAGCGCGCUGCAGAAAAGGCUGAAGGGUCGCGGCGUGACUGCCGAUCAGGUGGUGGGAGUCCGAUCCACGGAAGUGGAGAAAGAGAUGGAAGAGCUGAAGAAGAAGAACUCAGAGCUGGAAGAACAGAUCGUCACCAUAAAACAGCAGCAGGCUUUACCUCGAGAUGACGCCAUGGAGACUCUGAGCCAGAGGAACCGCUACCUGGAGGAGAGACUCCACUCCCUGGAGAGCCAGACCUCCAGAGAGCCUCAGUCCAGACCUUCUACUUCAGGACGAGGCACUGGAACCCCCUCACAGAGAGAUCAGGAGCUCCAAAAAGAAAACCUGAAGCUGGCGUCUGAGAACCUGGAGAUGCGCUUCAAGCUGGAGCAGGCCGAAAUAGAUUUACCAAGACUCAAGAAUCAGGUGGCGGAUCUGAAGGAGAUGUGCAGUGCGCUGAAAAAGGGAAAAUCAGAGGUGGACAAAAAGCUGACACACAUACGUGGAGCCGGUCAGAGCGGCAAAACGGUCCCUGAGCUGGAGAAGACCAUCGGUCUGAUGAAGAAGGUGGUGGAGCGCGUUCAGAGGGAAAACGAGACGCUGAAGAAAUCAAACGCUCCUGCAAACCAACACAAGGUUUCUGCCUUGGAGCAAGAAAAUGAAAAACUGAAGGCUGACUAUGAGAAACUGAAGAGUGACGGUGAAGCUGAGCUGAACUCCAAGCUGGAAGCUAAAACCAAAGGGCUGGAGAAGAUCGUGAUGGAGAAUGAACGGCUGCGCAAGGAGAUCAAAAGGGAAAUGGAAGCUGCCGAGAGGCUGAGAGUGACCAGGGCCAGUCUGGAGGUGACCAACCAGAAGCUGGAGGCGGAGCUGGAAGAGACCAAGCAGAGACUGAGAGCGGCGCUCUCCAAACCCAUCGCAGACGGAGCCGACAGCAAGACCUGGAAGGCUUCUGUCAUAACCAGAAUGUUUGAGAACAAGAUGAAGGAGCUGGAGAAGGAGCUCUCCCAGAAGACCUCCAGUCUGUCUGAACUCAAGCAGCAGCUGAAGGAGGUGGAGGAGCGCGAGGAGAGAGCUCAGAUAAGCAUCCGCCAGCUGGAAGAUCAGGUGGACAUGUUAAAAAGCUUUCCUACUGCUGCAAAGACAGGAGAAGGACUCAGCAGGGAGUUCCAGGCAAUGAGAUUGGUCAACACUGAGCUCCAGAAGGAGAACUCAGAGCUGAAACAACGGCUGAACGAGUACAGCGAGCGAUACGGUGAAACGUCUUCCAAACAAGACUACGGGAAGCUCAAACACCUGCUGCAGGCUGCCCAGACGGACAAAACUAAACUUCAAGCUGAGGUGAAAAGGCUGAAGAAGGAGCUGGAGAGCUUCGACCCGGCUUUCUUUGAGGAGAUCGAAGACUUGAAGUACAACUACAAUUUAGAGGUGAAGAAGAACGUUCUGCUGGAGGAGCAGCUGAAGAAGGUCUGUGCUCGCCUCGGUGUCCAGGCUGAACUGCCCAGCGUCUCCAUCAGCUAAUCAGGUUACUGUGCCUUUAAGAGAAAACCACACCUGAAUGUUUACCUGGCUGCAGAACUUUUCAGGUGAUUUUCAGUCUAGAUCUUUAGUGCUGGGUGUCAACAAAAAUGAGUCGAGAAAUGUCUAAUCAGUCGAGAUGGUGUUGUUUUUUUUAGGCAGUCAUCAAAAACGUUAAUCUUUGGAUGCUAAAAUGUGAAAAGGAUCAUAAAAAAGAAAACAUCUUUAGAUUCAAAGGUUUAUUUUUCUAGUUAUUGGAAUGGAAAUUCAGGUCACGAGUGUGGGAAUAAAAACCAUGUCAUAAGAGUUAAAAAGUAACUUUUAUCAAUCUGUUUUGCAUGUCUUUGUACAGAAUAAGUACAGUUAUAAUGACAUGAAUCAUAAAAAAAAGAUCUCUUAUAUGUUAUUUUUAAAGUUGAAACAAAAUUGAAUUUAAAUACAACACUUUUCUUUGCCAUUAAUGGGAAAAAAUGGGUCUCCAUAUGCUUCUACCUUUACUUGCAGCCUCUCCUGUCCUCUCCUCUCUGCUCUGUGUAAACUUUAUAUUUCUAGUCAUUGGAAUGGAAAUCCAGGUCACUAGUUUGGGAAUAAAAUGAAAGUCAUAAGAGCUUAAAAAGUCACUUUUAUUGAUCUGUUUUGCGGUUUAAAAAUUGUUGUUGUUUUUCAGCUCUUAUGACCUAUUUUUUCUCAUUUAUAAAGUAAGCUCUGUCCUUAAUCUCGGUUUUGUUUUUAAUAGAAAAUGUUUUACAAGAAAUGAAAUCACAAUUUAGCGGGUUAAAAGUACUUGGGUUUUUUUAGCCAUGCAGAUAGUUUUGGUUUUAUUUUUACUAAAGUUUUGGGGAAUCAAAGACGUCUUUGUGCUCCGUCUCAACAUGGAUAAAGUAACACUGUCCACUCGUGUUUUUUUAAGGUAAUGCAGCUUUAAAUUAAAGUCGUUUUCUGCCUCCAUAAGGCAGCUAUUUUUGUUAAUACUCAGCUCUUGGUUUGGUGAUGUAACUCACUGCUGUAUGUAGCAUAUUUAUUUCUUUAUAUUUGUACAGUUCUGAUGUGUUAUAUUUGUCAAUAAAGCUGCUUUUAUACCAGUCAAAACUGUGGAAAAUAAAUGUUUAA